AUGGCGAUGAUGCACUCGAGAGAGCUUGACCUUCGCGAAGAACUGCAGAGGAGCCUUUUUCGGGCGGUUGUCGGCUCGGAUGUUUUGAAAGCCUUCGGCUCGACGUUCCGUCAGGAAACUCCUGUGGACGAUGACGUGAGCUUUGCCGUCUCAGAAGUGGACAUCUUCGUGAGUCACUCCUGGUCUUCCGAUUCCUGGGCAAAGUAUUUUGCGCUCUGCCGCGAGUUGAACCUGCAUAAGGCCUUAGAGUCCCUCUCCGUGCUCUUGGUUCUCUUCUUUCCCCUGUUCCCUCUUCGCGGCAUCGAUCCGAAAACUGGUUUUGAUGCGGAGACCACUCUCUUCGUGGCAGUCUGCUGGCUGUCGGCCAUGGGUGUGUACCUUGCCGUGCUUUUUUUCGGCCAACAUCUGCACAUCGGAGUCUCCGGGCCCCGAAAUCCGACUCUCUGGGUGGACAAGCUAUGCAUUCACCAGGGCGAUGCAGGACAGAAAGCUGCCGGAAUCAGGGCCCUUCCUUUCUUCGUGACGCAAUCCUCGAAGUUCCUGAUGUUAUAUGACGGGAGCUAUCUCGACAGGCUCUGGUGUGUCGUAGAAUUGGCAACUUUCGUGAACAGCUCGAGUUGCGAGCACGUCUGCUUCGUUCCAUUGUGGCUGCCUCGCUGGCUUUUCACCACUAUGUUGCUGGACAUCUUGCAAGGCUGCAUCUGUAUAGCUGCGCUCCUCGCGUCCUGUGCGCCAUCGCCACAGAAACUCUCGCCACUCGCAUCAGAUCGUUCCCUGAACCACUUCUUGAACAACCUCCUGCUGGUGGUCGUCUUGCUUCCGGGCUACAUCGUUGUUCUGGUGCCGUCGAUGUGGGCCCUGGGCAGAAAAGCUCAGGGCCACGAGGAGAUGCUGAGACAGUUUGCAGCCUUCGAUAUCCGCAACUGCAAGUGCUCUGACGAAUCCGACCGGCAACCCUUGCAAGCGUUGGUUGCAGGGCUCUUUACUGAGGAUGACGUUGCGAGUGUUUCCAUCGAGGUUGCGGGCUCUAUCUCGGACUCCAGUGAAUCCACGACUUCCGUCUCAGAGGAGUGGCAUGGCUCCUACAGGUCCUUAGUCAGAUGCGGAUCGCUCUCUGCCGAUGAGGGCCCAGACCCGGGCCCUUUGUCGCAAGAGCCACGGAAGGAGGGCUCAGGGAGCGACAGUGGCCUGGAAGCCUUCAAUGCAUACGUCCGAGGCCCCUUGCGGCAAGCUUUGAUGGACAAACUCGGCGAUGAGACCUUCCUCAGUUUUCGCACCUGCUUUGUGGCGUUUUUGCCUGGUAGCUCCUUCUUCUUGUUGAAUACCCUCGCGGUGGAUGGAGCUCACUCCGCGGCCUUUGACUUUCCACACAGCCCAGAGAAGUGGAUCCUUUGUUUGGUGGAGGCGGCAAUUAUGAAUCUCACGGUGACCCCACUGCUGCUGCCCAACUUGCUGUAUCUCACGCACAAGGUCUACAUAUCUGUGAGACCCGGAUGUCUCCAGUCACUCCUUACGCUUGUCGGUGGCUUUGUGGUGAGUACCUUGGUAAUCUUCUUGGGCUUUGCUGCAUUGGGAGCGCUCGAAGCGGUGGUGCUGACGCACUCUUUCAGGUUCUUCCCCAACCAAGGUUCUUCCGAACUUUGUUAA